AUGUCAGUCAGUGGCCCUUGCGCCUGGGUGUCGACGAUACCAUCACCAGCCGCUGCUCACCCAUCUUCAAUCACGAGUUCCUGGGCUUCCGUCUCCUGGAAUAGCGAGCCAGCCUUGACGAAAUCGAGAGCGGACUUAUCAGCUCUAUCCGGACUUGGGAAAACAGUAGGCGAGCCAGACAAAGCUCCCCCUACGGAAAUGCAGCCGGCUGCAUUUAAGGCUGAGAAUGCCUUUUCGACACAGCCGGCUGCAGGAUCUUCCAACUCAGUGCAGUACUCAGGGGUAGACGUACUCUCGAAGGGACUGGAAAACCGAAAUACAAACGCACACAGCGACUCAUCAUUGACGGCGAACCCUGAGAGACAGAAUGCCGAUAUUCAAGGUUCGAGCGAGUCUCAGACAAAUGAUGAGUUGUCAUCCAAAGUUAAGUCGGAAGAGGUCCAUGAGGAUGAAAAGGACCACGGCGAGGCCAACGCAGGGUCAUCUGAUGAUGACGGAUCAAUCGCCGACGAAAAGAAGUCAUCGCAGGAUGUUAAGCUGGACAAGAAGAAAAUGAAGCGGUUCAGACGGGCAAAACUCAAGCGGCUCACCAGCAACGAUCGGGAACGGAUGUUGAAGUCACGAGCGCUCCCAGAUGACUUUGAUACGACUCAAGUCUUGCGUACCCCUUUUGGCAGUAAAGGUCCUUCGGAAGCAUCGGUAGAGUCACUCCGCCUUGCUCUUUAUACUCAGACUAAAGUGUCCCAGGGUCUUCUUACUGAAGGUUUACCGCGCCUGAACGACGACGAUUACGUUAUCUCUCCAUUGAGCUCAGCCUCUACAAGCGGUCCCGGCUACCCACCGACCUCGUCCGACAGGGGCUUCGAGAACUACCAGAACCGAGGAGCGGCAGCAACGGUUCCAGAUCUGAGAAGCAGCCGAGCCAACUUUCCCUUUCCGCGAUCGAGUAGUUUCUCUGAGCCGUCUUUCAAUACAAGUCUUCAAUACCCCGGUCGUUUCUCGAGGCCUGGGGAUGCGGUGGGCCACCCAGGGAUUUCAUACCGACGGCCAAUGGAUUAUGUGAUGAACCGGCCAGCGAACGGCAUGAUGGUUGGCUAUGGUCAGCAUCGUCCAUUGGAGGGUUCUGUGUCGCCGAGUGGUCAGCAAGAAGCACAACUGACAUAUGGAAUGGAUAACACUAACCAAAUACACAAUUACCAGCCUCCGCUUUCGAUGCCUGCUCCAAAAUCAUACGGCGGAAUUGAAAUGAACUCGCACAUGCAUCACCCCGGGCGAAGUAUGCCCACCUUACAGCACCUACCGGUUUCGGAAACACCCGACUAUCGCCCCUAUCCCUACGAACACCACCCUUACAGCAUGGGCACUGGGAUUCCAUUCACCCAGGCCAAUGCCUCUAGCCUGAGCCUCCCGGCAUCUUUCUCUUCCGAACAGGGGCACGUUGCCGUUAGCAGCCCCGCGGAUGACAGGAUGACGACGUCUCCGCAGGUCAUGGAUCCCCUGAGGGCCAAAUACAGUCAGGGAUACGACUAUGCCAACUACUUAUACCUAGUAACGCGGACCAUGGCCAAGUUCGAUUGA